CACUGACUUGAGGUUUCAGUUGCAGAUGAGCAUCUGAACAUCUGAUCUUUCAUCUGCUGUGUGCCCGAAACAGAUUUGAGAUGAUGAUGUGUGUCGUCGUCGGUUUAAGCUGAGGCUUGACCUCUGGAGUUCAGAGACUUCGCUAGGCGUGGAUGACAACACGCCGCGAUGGACUCGCAGGCUCACGCAGGUGUCCGACAACCACAGUAUGGAAGAACACAGAGCAGCCAUCCACGAGUUUCCAGAGGACAUCUUCACCAAGGAGCAGAGGAAGAACGGAGCCGUCUUACUGCACGUCCUCUGUGCCAUCUACAUGUUCUAUGCUCUGGCCAUCGUCUGUGACGACUACUUUGUUCCUUCCCUUGAGAAAAUAUCUGAGAAUCUACAGUUGAGUGAGGAUGUUGCCGGGGCAACAUUCAUGGCAGCAGGAAGCUCUGCUCCGGAGCUCUUCACAUCGCUCAUUGGUGUCUUCAUCACUAAAGGGGACGUCGGCGUGGGCACCAUCGUCGGCUCGGCCGUCUUCAACAUCCUGGUCAUCAUCGGCUUGAGCGGCAUCUUUGCAGGCCAGACAGUGACGCUGACGUGGUGGUCGUUGUUUCGAGACUCUUCCUACUACAUCCUGUCUGUGCUGGCGCUCAUCGGGGUAAUUUAUGAUGCUGUGGUUGUCUGGUGGGAGUCUUUGCUCCUCAUGACAAUGUACGUGAUCUACAUUAUCAUCAUGAAGUUCAACUCUCGCCUUCUGACAUUUGUGACGCGACAGUUCCGGCACGCCAGGCGGCGUUGCGUCACAUCAGAGGAUGGCGGGGAGGACAAAAUGGCAGACGACGCCUCGGCCUGCCACACCGCCGUGGCCCUCCUCAACAAAGCUCAAGUCCACAAUGAGGAGAGCAGCCCAGUCGUCAUGGUGGAUGAACUUCUCAUCCUCAGCCCUCACAAGAUCUCCUUCUCUGACGCCGGCCUGCGCAUCAUGAUCACGCCACAUUUCUCGCCUCGCACCAGACUCUCCAUGGCUGGACGUGUGCUCAUCAGCGAGAGACAGAGGCUUAUCCGGACUUCCAAGAGCCCGCGGGGCAGCGGGGCCGGUCUCGGGUCCCAAGGGGGCUCCGCCACCAGCGGCGUGAAACGGACGGGCUCCUGCAGUUUGGAAAACGGGGGCGGGAUAGGACACGCGGAGUCCGGACGCGAGCCGGGGGCGGACGAAGACGAGGACCGGGGUAUAUUCCACCCCUUGCGCAUCCCAGCCGGCUGCACGGCCAGGUUCAAGUGGGUGGUCACGUGGCCCCUGGGCCUCCUGCUCUACUGCACGGUGCCCAACUGCGUCGUGCCGCGCUGGCAUCGCUGGUUCAUGAUCACCUUCGUGGCCUCCACGCUGUGGAUCGCCGUCUUCUCCUACCUCAUGGUGUGGAUGGUCACCAUUGUGAGCUUCACCUUAGACAUCCCAGACUACAUCAUGGGCAUCACCUUCCUGGCAGCAGGCACCAGCGUGCCCGACUGCAUGGCCAGCCUCAUAGUGGCCCGACAAGGCAUGGGUGACAUGGCGGUGUCCAACUCCAUCGGCAGCAACAUCUUUGACAUCCUGCUGGGUUUGGGUUUCCCCUGGGCUUUACGCACCCUCGUGGUGGACCACGGCUCCUCCGUGUCCAUCAAUAACAAAGGCCUGGUGUAUUCCGUCGUCCUGCUGCUGGCCUCUGUCUUCCUCACUGUGACGAGUGUUCAUUUGAACCGCUGGAAGCUGGAUCGCCGCCUCGGUCUGGGCCUGUUGUUCCUCUACGCCAUUUUCCUGCUCUGCUCCAUCCUCUUUGGGCACAUGUGAAGUCAAAUGACAGCGCAGAGCAACCCACCGCUCACCUUUCUAUCUGCCGCCCAUCCUUUUUGCUCAAGCCAAAAGAACGGUUUGGUCUCCUAACACACGUUUAACAGCAGCACUUCUCAUUACUUUGAUUUCUUACAGUGUUUGGCAACGCCACCACUUAUUUGUUAGAUUUUUGUUCCUCACCUGUGCUAAAAAGAAACAGUAUUUAUUGUUUUCCCCAUUCUAUAUUUGAGUGUAAUAUAUAAUGUAGCAGCAAUCUGGGAGGCUCUAAUGUCCUACGUCACAGGGACUACGAUGGACAUGCACUGUCAGCCUCUCUACCAGUAUUGAUACAAAUUAAUGUACGUCGAGUGUGGCCUAUACUAGUGUUUAGGGGUGUUAUGAUUAAAUAUACAGAAUAUAUUUAUUGAGUGUCACUAACUUUGAUGAGUUUAGGUUAGUUUUGUCACACUGUGGUACAAAGAAAAAUGUGUUUUCUUGGAUGAUUCAAAUCAGAUGAAUUCACAUUGGUGGAAUAUUUGAAUUAAGCCCAAACCUUCGCCGGUACUUAAUGCAAUAGAAUUAAUGCUCUAUACUGCUGCAGCUUUUAUUAUAAAGUAAAAGCAAUCUGAUAUUUUUCUAUGAGCUAACCAAGCUGGCACAUUUUGGUACAAAUGGAUCUUAUAUCUGAGUCUUAAAUGUUCCGCCAAAGUGAUUUGAUUUCCAAAUGGAGGUAUAAUUAUUGCUUUCCAAGAGUUUUUGCAAAUGUUAAACCAUUGACUUAAGAUUUGCAGCAAUGAAGGUUUGAGACUUGGCUAGUUUUGAUAUUGAAACUAGAUCACGAGAAUAAUUAAGGCAUGUUUCGGUGUGUAGAAUAUCUUGUGGGCGUUGACGCGCAAUCAUUUUGCGAAAGGGAGCACGCUGAGGCGGAAAUCAAAUGGAAACCGAAGAUUGAAUGUUUUAGUUUAACAGCUGUUCAAUGGCAUUGUUAAGUUUAUUCAAAUGUGAUGAGGUAGAAUUUUUUUUUAUUAGGCAUUUGAUAGACUUAUAUCCUGAGUGCAAUAAUAUUUCUGUUUGUACCUAAUUUGUGGUUCGAGGAAGGAAAAUAUGGGUGUACAGGUACUGUACUAUAUAUACUGCAUAAUAGAGAAUUGCUGCCAUCUAUUAAAGGAAGGGUUUCCGCACACAA